UUUUUUUUUUUUUGCUCCAUUUUUAUUGUCUAUAAAGAAAUAUUGUUUAUAUAUUUCAAAUAUCCCCCACUCUUUAUACAUAGUCACCUUAUUUUUAUUCUAUAUUUUGUCUACAUACAACACUUUUUUUUUUUAUUGAAUCUUCCUUGUAUAUAUAUUUUCUACUACAACUCAAAACUCUAUUCUUUUUCUCUUAUAUUCAAUAAUGUCAAUGGAAAAUAAAUCUUGGGCACAAUCAAUUCCUGUUGCUCAAGGUCUUUACAAUCCUGAACUUGAAAAGGAUGCCUGUGGUGUUGGUUUUAUGGUACAUGUCAAGGGUCAACGAUCUCACAAGAUCUUGAGUGAUGCAAGCUCUAUUCUUUGCAAUAUGACCCAUCGAGGUGCCAGUGGUGCAGAUAUUCGUGAUGGGGAUGGCGCAGGCGUCAUGACAGGCAUUCCUCAUCAAUUCUUUGUCAACGAAACUAGUCGUGAACUUGGAAUCCAAUUACCAGUAGAAGGACACUAUGCUGUGGGUAAUUUAUUCAUGAAAGGUGAUAUUGAAUCAGUCAAGGAAAGCAAACAGGUAUUCGAAGAUAUGGCUACUGCUCUUCAUCUCAAAGUUCUCGGUUGGCGUGAUGUUCCUCGUGAUUCCACUAUUAUUGGUCCUGCUGCAAAAUCAAAGGAACCAGCUAUUGUACAACCUUUUGUCGUUUUGGCAGAUCAAGAAACUCCUUUUGAUGAACAAUAUUUUGAACGUCAAUUAUAUGUCCUUCGCAAACAUGCUACUCACACUCUCACUAUGAAGAAAUGGUUCUAUGUAUGCUCUUUAUCCAACAAAAACAUUGUUUACAAAGGUCAACUUACUCCCAAGCAAGUUUAUCAAUACUUCCAUGAUUUAAAUAAUGUUCAAUAUACUACUCAUUUUGCCUUGGUUCACUCUCGUUUCUCUACCAAUACUUUUCCUUCAUGGGAUCGUGCUCAACCCAUGCGUUGGUGUGCUCACAAUGGUGAAAUCAAUACUUUACGUGGAAACAAGAACUGGAUGCGCUCUCGUGAAGGUGUCAUGAAAUCUGAUACUUUUGGUGAUGAACUCGACUUGUUAUAUCCCAUUAUUGAAGAAGGUGGUUCUGAUUCUGCUGCUUUCGACAAUGUAUUAGAACUUUUGGUUGUUAAUGGUGUCCUCACUCUUCCUGAAGCUAUUAUGAUGAUGAUUCCUGAAGCUUGGCAAAAUAAUACCUCCAUGAGUCCUGAAAUGAAAGCAUUCUAUCAAUGGGCUGCUAGUCUUAUGGAACCUUGGGAUGGUCCUGCAUUAUUUACUUUCUCUGAUGGUCGAUAUUGUGGUGCUUCUUUGGAUAGAAACGGUUUACGUCCUUGUCGUUAUUAUUUGACUUCUGAUGAUAUUAUGAUUUGUGCUUCUGAAGUUGGAACUGUUUUUGUUGAUCCUGAUACCAUCGUCAAAAAAGGUCGUCUUCAACCUGGUCGUAUGCUUUUGGUUGAUACUCUGGAAGGCAAAUUAGUGGAUGACAAACAACUCAAGAUUCAAACUGCUUCCAAACGCAACUUCUCUGAAUGGCUCAAGAAACAAAAGAUUCAUUUAUCUAACAUUGUUGAAAAAGCUCAUGCUUCUUACCAACCCACUUUGGAUGAUACCACCGUCAGUGCUGAUCCUCGUCUUCGUGCAUUUGGUUAUACUUUGGAACAACUCAAUUUGAUUAUGCUUCCUUUGGCUUCCACUGGAAAAGAACCUCUUGGAUCUAUGGGUAACGAUACUGCUUUGGCAUGCUUGGCUGAACAACCUCGUCUUGUUUAUGAAUACUUCCGUGAACUUUUUGCUCAAGUCACCAAUCCUCCUAUUGAUCCUAUCCGUGAAGAAAUCGUCAUGUCUUUAGAAUGUUAUGUGGGACCAGAAGGAAAUAUUUUGGAAAUCGAUGAAACUCAAGCUCAUAAAAUCACUUUACCUUCUCCUAUCUUGUCCAUGGAAGAACUAGCUGCUGUCAAGAACAUGUCAACUAUCUAUCCUGAUUGGAAAGUCGCCACUAUUGAUAUCACUUUUGCCAAAUCUGAAGGUGUCCAAGGCUAUGUACAAGCUCUCGAACGUAUUUGUACUCAAGUCAGUCAAUCUAUUGAACAAGGUUACAAGGUUGUGGUUCUUUCUGAUCGUGGUAUUAAUGCCGAACGCGUUGCCAUUUCUUCUUUGAUUGCUGUUGGUGGUGUUCAUCAUCAUUUGGUUCGAAACAAACAACGUUCUCGUAUUGCACUCAUGGUGGAAACUGCUGAAGCUCGUGAAGUUCAUCACUUCUGUGUUCUCUUGGGUUAUGGUGCUGAUGCUGUUUGUCCUUAUCUUGCUAUGGAAGCUAUGAUGAAGUUGGUUCGUGAAAAAGCUGUUCGUGAUGAUUUGACUGCCGACAAAUUAAUUUACAACUACAAGAAGGGUAUCGACAAUGGUAUUAUGAAAGUCAUGUCUAAGAUGGGUAUCUCUACUUUGGCCUCCUAUAAGGGUGCUCAAAUCUUUGAAGCUCUUGGUGUGGAUGAAUCUGUUAUCUCUCGUUGUUUCGCCGGUACUGCCUCUCGUAUUAAAGGUGUCACUUUUGAUAUCUUUGCCUUGGAUGCCUUGACUUUACACGAACAUGCUUAUCCUUCUCGCAACUCUGUUGGUCCUGUGGCUCUUCCUGAAUCUGGUGAAUAUCAUUGGCGUGAUGGUGGUGAACCUCAUAUUGCUGAACCUGCUACUAUUGCCAACUUGCAAGAUGCUGUCCGUGCCAAGAAUCAAAACUCCUAUGAUGCUUACUCUCGUCACUCUUAUGAAGCCAUCAAGAAAUGUACACUUCGUGGUAUGCUCGACUUUGAUUAUACACAAAACAAGCCUAUCCCUAUCGAACAAGUUGAAUCCUGGGACAAGAUUGUCAAAAGAUUUGUUACUGGUGCUAUGUCUUAUGGUUCUAUCUCUAUGGAAGCUCACAGUUCCUUGGCCAUUGCUAUGAAUCAAUUGGGUGGCAAGUCUAAUACUGGUGAAGGUGGUGAAAAACCUGAAAGAUCUAUUGUACGUGAAAAUGGUGACAACCUGCGAUCUGCUAUCAAACAAGUGGCAUCUGGUCGUUUUGGUGUGACAUCCUACUAUUUAGCUGACUCUGAUGAACUUCAAAUCAAAAUGGCUCAAGGUGCUAAACCUGGUGAAGGUGGUGAAUUGGCUGGUGGUAAGGUUUCAGAAGAAAUUGCCUCUACUCGAAAAACUACUCCUGGUAUUGGUCUUAUCUCUCCUCCUCCUCAUCAUGAUAUUUACUCCAUUGAAGAUCUCAAGCAACUUAUUUACGAUCUUAAAUGUGCCAAUCCUCGCUCUCGUGUGUCUGUCAAACUUGUUUCUGAAGUGGGUGUAGGUAUUGUUGCAUCUGGUGUCGCCAAGGCUCGUGCUGAUCAUAUCUUGAUUUCUGGUCAUGAUGGUGGUACUGGUGCUUCUCGAUGGACUGGUAUCAAAUAUGCUGGUUUACCUUGGGAAUUGGGUCUUGCUGAAACACAUCAAACAUUAGUCCUCAAUGAUCUUCGUGGUCGCGUGAUUGUUCAAACUGAUGGUCAAAUCAAGACUGGUCGUGAUAUCGCUAUUGCUUGUUUACUUGGUGCUGAAGAAUGGGGUUUCGCCACUACUCCUUUGAUCGCCCUUGGUUGUACAAUGAUGCGUAAAUGUCAUUUGAAUACAUGUCCAGUUGGUAUUGCCACUCAAGAUCCUGAAUUACGCAAGAAAUUUGAAGGUUCCCCUGAACAUGUUGUUAACUUCUUCUAUUACCUCGCCGAAGAAAUGCGUAGUUACAUGGCCAAGCUUGGUUUCCGUACUGUUAAUGAAAUGGUGGGUCAUGCCGAACUUUUGAAGGUCAAUGAAUCUCUUCGUACUUUCAAGACUACCAAUUUGGAUUUGUCUCCUAUUCUUACUCCUGCUGCUUCUUUACGUCCUGGCGUUGCUUCUUACUGUGUCACCAAACAAAAGCAUAACUUGCAUUUACGAUUGGACAAUUACUUGGUUGAUGAAUCCGAACCUGCCUUGACCAAUAAAGAACCUGUUACUAUUGAAACUCAAGUCUGCAAUACUGAUCGAGCUCUUGGUACUACACUCUCUUAUCAUGUCUCCAAACGUCAUGGUGAAGAUGGUUUGCCUGCUGAUACCAUCCAUGUCAAGAUGACUGGUUCUGCCGGUCAAUCACUUGGUGCUUUCCUUGCUCCUGGUAUCUUCUUUGAAUUGGAAGGCGACUCUAAUGAUUAUGUUGGUAAGGGUCUUUCAGGUGGUAAAAUCGCUAUUUAUCCUCCUAAGAACGCUGUAUUCAAGUCUGAAGAUAACAUGAUUGUUGGCAAUGUAUGUCUUUACGGUGCUACAUCUGGUCGUGCUUAUUUCCGUGGUAUUGCCGCUGAACGUUUCUGUGUCCGAAACUCUGGUGCCUAUGCUGUUUGUGAAGGUGUUGGUGAUCAUGGUUGUGAAUAUAUGACUGGUGGUCGUGCUGUUAUCUUGGGUAGCACUGGUCGCAACUUUGCUGCUGGUAUGUCUGGUGGUAUUGCCUAUGUUUUGGAUGUCGAUGGUCAAUUCAAGUCUCGUGUUAACACUGAAAUGGUUGAAUUGGAAACUGUCAAUGAUGAUGAACGCACCAAUGAAUUACGUAACCUUAUCGAAGAUCAUCGCCACUACACUGGAUCGGCCAUUGCUGAUCGUAUCUUGCAAAACUUCAACGAAUAUUUACCCAAGUUUGUUAUGGUCAUGCCCACUGAAUUCAAGGAAUUAUUGAUGAAGGAACGUCUUGGAAAGUUAGAAACUGCUGCUGCUAUCAUGCCUGCUGAAUCUCCUGUCUGUGAACAUAAAAAGGAUGAACCUCAAUUAGAAGAUUUGGAAGACAGUAUCAUGGAUGAAAAGACCAUUUUGGAACGCCGUGCUAAGCUCGAUAAAUUGCGUGGUUUCAUGAAAUACAAACGUAGAACUGACGGCUAUCGUAAUGCAAAGAAACGUACUGCUGAUUGGGAUGAAAUCAAUCAUCGUCUUACUCGACCUCAAUUACAUCAACAAGCUGCAAGAUGUAUGGACUGUGGUGUACCUUUCUGUCAAUCCGAUACUGGUUGUCCCAUUGGUAACAUUAUCCCCAAGUGGAACGAAUUGAUCUUCAAGGAUAAUUGGAAGGAAGCUUUAGAUCGUUUGAUGAUGACCAAUAAUUUCCCUGAAUUCACAGGUCGUGUGUGCCCUGCUCCUUGUGAAAAUGCCUGUGUUGCUGGUAUUAAUGAACCUCCUGUCGCCAUCAAGAGUAUCGAAUGUGCUAUCAUUGAUCGUGGUUUCGAAGAAGGAUGGAUUGUUCCUCGUGUUCCUGCUUAUCGUACUGGUAAGAAGGUGGCUGUGAUUGGAUCUGGUCCUGCUGGUCUUAGUGCUGCUGAUCAACUCAAUAAGGCUGGCCAUUUGGUCACUGUCUAUGAUCGUAAUGACCGAAUUGGUGGUUUGUUGAUGUAUGGUAUUCCCAAUAUGAAACUCGACAAGAAGAUUGUACAACGUCGUAUUGACCUUUUGGCUGCUGAAGGUAUUAACUUUGUUACCAAUGCUAAUGUGGGUGUGGAUGUCGAUGCUACAAAACUUCGUCAAGACAAUGAUGCUUUGAUUGUCGCUACUGGUGCUACUUGGCCUCGUGACCUCAAGAUUCCUGGUCGUGAACUCAAUGGUAUUCAUUUUGCUAUGGAAUUUUUACAAGCCAAUACCAAGUCUCUUUUGGAUAGUCAACUCAAGGAUGGUCAAUACUUGAGUGCUAAAGGCAAGAAUGUGAUUGUGAUUGGUGGUGGUGAUACUGGUAAUGAUUGUAUUGGUACUUCUGUUCGUCAUGGAUGCAAGUCAGUUGUCAAUUUUGAAUUGUUGCCCCAACCUCCUUUAGCUCGUGCUAAAGACAACCCAUGGCCUCAAUUUGCCCGUAUUUUGAAACAAGAUUAUGGUCAUGCUGAAGUCCAAGCUCACUUUGGUAAUGAUCCUCGUGAAUACUGUGUUCUUUCCAAGGAAUUCGUCAAUGAUGGUGAAGGAAAUAUCAAGGGUAUUAAGACUGUACGUGUGGAAUGGACAAAGGAUGACGCUGGUCGAUGGUCGAUGAAGGAAAUUGAAGGUUCUGAAGAAUUCUUUGAAGCCGAUUUGGUACUCUUAUCCAUGGGCUUUUUGGGUCCUGAAGAAGCAGUUGCCAAACAAUUACAACUCAAGCAAGAUGGUCGUACAAAUAUUGAAACUGCUAAGGGUAAAUAUUCCACUGCUCUUAAUGGUGUGUUCGCUGCUGGUGAUUGUCGCCGUGGUCAAUCUUUGAUCGUACAUGGUAUCAAUGAAGGUCGUCAAUGUGCUCGUGAAGUCGAUCUUUUCCUAUCUGGUUCUACUUAUCUUCCUGUCGCUGGUGGUGUUUGGCAACGUGCUCCUGAAUUGAUCAAAGUCAACUGAAAUAUAUCAUUUCCUUAUCCCUCAUUUUUACACAUAGUUUAACUCGUUUAGAUUUUUUUUUUAGUGAAAUAUUGUAUUGUAGUUUUUAAUUUUAUAUCGAAAAAAUAAAUAAAUAGAAGUACUUUGGAAUAA